AUGGUCCUCCUGCGUCGUCACCUCCGUCAUAUCUCGGGAGAGCCAGAGGAUUACAGCAAAGAGAAGGCAGUAAAUCCGCGUGUGCAACAGCUAAAGCAAGCCACGGGACACAAUGACAGGCGAUCCAGCUCCUCAACUAAACGUAGCGCUUCUUUGGCCUCCCGACCGGUCAAGGGAGAUGACAUCGCAGAGAUCGUCUCAGCCUUCAACGUCACCCUUGUUGUGCGGUCAAAGACGCCCAUGGCAGACGCUCAUGACCCCAACUUUGAUUCAAAGGACCUCCCCAGCCACCAUGUACCUACUCUGGUGUCUGUGGCCAAUCGAGCUGUGCGGUCUCAAGGGAAUGCAAAGCACCGCAAGAGGCGUAUGGCAAAGGCAAAGGCACUCCGUGCAGCAGAGGCCAUCAAGUCCACCAAUGCCGUCCCCUCCGCCUAUCGCAAGAGUGUGAGCGGCAAAGGCUUCGUCCAGUCCGCGGCUGCGCAGGAGUCCACUCCGACCCAUCUUCCGCUUCUCACUUAUCAGAACCCAUGGGACUCUUUCAGGCCUCCCACCCUCGCUAGUGUCUGGAGAGGGCUCAAGUGGGGGCUGCCCGCAGAUCACGAUGAAGGGCAUGGGCCAAACAGGCGCUCCCAGGGAACCAAAGCAAAAGGGGCAGAGGAAGCAUACAUGAAGCUCGAAGCUGAGGCGGGCAAGGACUGGGCAGAUGUAGAAGUCAUCCCGCCCAAUUGGGGAUGGUCGCAAGAUGAACGUCGAAAGAUGCUGGACGGGCCGUCCGAUCAAGAAGACAGGAUGCUUGAGAGUACAAGACCUUCCGAAGAAGAUGAGCCUCAUCAGACGGGCGAGCGCAAAGAGUGGCAGGAUCCGGCAGCCGAAGAUCGUGCCGAUCAUGCCAGGGUCACUUGGCUGGGACAUGCCACCGCUCUGCUCCAGCUGCCUCCUCUGGCUGACCCAGUUACGAUUGGGGAUGACAAAGUGGAACAGGCUGCUGGUCAGCAAACUGGCGGUGUGGCCUCCUCCCCGGUCGAGGAGAAGAAGGCGAAAGAAAUUCUUGGGCAGAUACCUGGAAAUGCCUUGGAUCAGGAGGGUGAUCCAAGCCACGUCGUCACCCCCAAGGCGCAUAAAGGGAAAACGACGCCGACCUCCUCAGGUGAUUCCUCGAGCAAUGAUCACACUCAGCAAAAGGACGAUGAGCGCAGUGCAUCGCAAGAUGUGUCCAAGCGCAUAGACAACGUCAGGAAUCGAUCGAUCAACAUCCUCUUCGACCCAGUCUUCUCCAAGCGCUGCUCUCCCUCCCAGACUGUUGGACCUAUUCGCUUCACCGAAGUGCCCUGUCAAGUUGAGGACCUUCCGCCGGUUGACGUGAUCCUGCUGUCUCACGAUCACUAUGACCAUUCAGAUGUUGAUUCUCUCCGCCGCGUCUACCGACAGAGAGGCCAGGCAGUCCACGUCUUUGCAGCUCUGGGAAACAAAGACUGGCUCUGUAGCUCCGUCGGAUUCAAGAGCUCUCAGGUGUCCGAAUUGGAUUGGUGGGACGAGGCUUACCUGACUGCCUCUGGGCCUCACCAUGAUCCCCCCUCUUCAAAGCCUUCACAACCUCCCAGUGCCAGUGCGGCUGCACGCGGUGCAGUACGCAUUAUUUGCACCCCGGCACAGCAUGGCAGCGGGCGUGCGCCGGGCGGCAAAGACUCGACUCUGUGGUGUUCUUGGGUUGUGGAGCACAUUGCGCCAGCAACGGCAGUCGAAGAGCAGGUCAAGAAGGCUGCAGACUCCGAGGGAACCGAUUCUGGUCCGGAGGCAAACUUCGUGAACGCUGCUGGCAUCUGCCAGAGACGAUGGCGUGUUUUCCAAGCAGGAGACACAGGUCUUCGUCGCCAUGGCGAGAAGGUCACGAACCGCAGAUCGCCCGUUUGUCCCGCUUUUGAGGAGAUUGCAAAGAGGUAUGGCACACCCGACCUCUUCCUCCUGCCGAUCUCCAUUGGGUCUUCUCUCUCCUAUCUGCGCUCCAAGGACCCCUUCCCGAGACGCUACUCACCAUUCCCCAGAAUCAGCGAGUCCCUUACAAGCUCGAUUCAUAUGGAUGCUGAAGAUGCCGUGGAGAUGUUCGAGAUCAUGACGGGAUUUCCUGCUCCUUCCAACGGAGGAAGCUCUUCCUCUCAGCAAGGGCCGAUCGAAAGGGACCAAGAGAAAAGUCAGCCAGUCAGCAGCGGUGCAGGCGCAAGCGAGCAGCCCAGCCAGCAGGACAGCGACGGUGGCAAUCCGCUCGCACUCGCAAUCCACUUUGGCACCUUUGUUCGAAAUGAGACGCAGACCCGAAGCGAUGUACGAAGUCUGCGUGAAGCUUGCGUCAGACAUAAUGUCGCAUUUGCAAGGACGAGGGAGGGGAGGAUCCCGGGUGUGCAAAAGGGCAAAGAGAGCAAACUGACGGGCGAGGCUAGUGGAGAGGAGACUCGAGGCAAGUUCUUGGUUUCCCAUCAAGGAGAGACAGUUUGGAUCAAGAUCUAAGGCUUCCCCAGCAACUUCCCUAUCAUCAUCACCGCCACCACCACCGCCAUUACCAGCAACAAAGCAUCUCAAGCGCUCAAGAGAUAGACAUAUAGACGGACAGUACACCAGGCCCACUGGGCUCUAGACAUCCACGAAGCUCACCUCUCCCCCAACCCUAGUACCCUUUCGUGGUCCUCUUUACCCCCUCAUAUCCUCCCUGAUAUCCAUCUUGCGCCAAUUUCAUACCCAUCCAUC